ACAAAAGUUAAACAGUUGGGAAGGAAAAAAAACAAACAAGAUUUAUCCUUUUGUAAAAAGAUUUAUCCUUUCUUCGCAAGUUUUCUUCUGUGGCUUUAACCGAUCUGUGUUUUUUCAUUUACAUUACUAAUAAAAUAAAUUUCGGGCCGCCAUUAUUGCUUCCCUGUCCCACAAUCAGCAUUUCACUAACAGCGCUUUCUUUUCGCCUAAUAUAUGUUUUUUUUUCGAGUCGCAGAUCUAUAUAGUUCCGUCGUAUUCAUCAAAUUUCACUUUCUCCGACGAUUCCCCAAUGACCCAAUUGGUCACUGUUCUUUGAUUUCUUUUACCCAGAUUGCAUCGAUAAGGGUUUCCCGAUGUCCCGAGGUCGGUGUACAUCCAAUCAAAGGUAAAAAGCCAAGUAUUCAAUUGUAGCAAGAGUUUCUGCUAUUUGGGGAAGAAGAGAAGUGAGUAAACAUAGGGAUUAAGAGUUCUUUCUUCAGUUCUGUUUCAGAGAAGGGUGUUUGUGUUUGAUGCUCGGUAGCCUGUGGAACAGAUGGCUCCCAUAUACUAUAUCCUCAUUGCGCUGCCUUGCACUGUUGGUGCCAUUGGACUGGCGCUUUUGCACAUAUACAGGCAUCUUUUGAAUUACACUGAGCCUACUUAUCAAAGAUACAUUGUCCGCAUCAUCUUUAUGGUUCCUGUUUAUGCAUUAACGUCAUUCUUGUCGCUCAUCCUAAAUGAGAGAGCCAUCUAUUUCAAUUCCAUUCGUGAAAUAUAUGAGGCAUGGGUCAUAUAUAAUUUUCUAUCACUCUGCCUGGCAUGGGUUGGUGGCCCAGGGGCUGUUGUUCUAAGUUUGAGUGGCCGAAUUCUAAAGCCAAAUUGGUGUCUGAUGACCUGCUGCUUUCCUCCGCUUCCUUUGGAUGGGCGCUUUAUCCGAAGGUGCAAGCAGGGGUGUUUGCAGUUUGUGAUUCUCAAGCCCAUAUUAGUGCUCGUUACAAUCAUACUAUAUGUAAAAGGAAAAUAUGAGGAUGGAAAUUUCAGUCCAAGGCAAUCAUACCUCUACCUCACAAUUAUAUAUACUAUCUCAUACUCAAUGGCACUUUAUGCCUUGGCUUUGUUUUAUGUGGCAUGCAAAGAUCUGCUCCGUCCAUUUAAUCCAGUGCCAAAGUUUAUCAUUAUAAAAUCUGUCGUAUUCCUUACGUACUGGCAGGGUGUUCUGGUGUUUCUUGCUGCAAAGUCAGAACUUAUUAAAGAUACCGAGGAAGCUGCUGAGUUUCAGAAUUUUAUAAUUUGUGUUGAGAUGCUUAUUGCAGCUUUUGCUCAUCUUUAUGCCUUCCCAUACAAGGAAUAUGCUGGCGCAAAUAUUGGUCCUCCUCGUGGUUUUACCGCUAGCCUUGGACAUGCCCUUAUGCUAAAUGACUUUUACCAUGACACGGUCCACCAGUUUGCUCCUACUUAUCAUGAUUAUGUUCUUUAUAAUCAUGGUGAUGCUGAAGAAGGGGGUGCGACAAAGUACAGGGCGAGGACUUUCGUCCCAACUGGCCCAGAGAUGGAUACUGUUAGGAAAAACAAGCACAUAUUUGGAAACAAACAGGAAGACGUACAAUUAUCUAGUCUCUCUCCCUCUGCUGCUAAUAACAACAAUCCACAAAAUCCUGCUGCAGGCCAGCAAACAGGGAAAGCGGAGGCAAUGAACUACUCGUUGCUUAUGGAUGCAUCAACUAAUGUUUCAGCACCCUAUGACCUAUCGCUGAUUGAUGUAGACAUUUCAAAUUAUCCAUCUAAGGUACCUGCAGCCAAUCCCGUGUCGAGGUGAUGCCAUUGAAUUUUCAACCAUGUGUGAAUUUAGUUUGUUGGGAAUUAGAUGUGGCCAGCGUUACAUGCGACCUGAGUAUGUCGCUGUGAAGCUCAUAGUUGUAACUUAGUUUGUAUAUGUAGGCAAAGCUAGUUUUCUACCAUGUACUUUCGAUUGUUCCCAUUUCCAUAUGUAGUGUAAUUAGAGAAACCUCAGUUAUGUUGCAUUUGGUUUAGCACAAGCUCAUCAUAUUUUAUCUAUCCACUGUUUGCUUUUUAACUCAA